AUGUCGGUGAAGGUGAGGUUCCUCUCCUCCGGGGAUGUCGGAACCAUGGGCAGAAGCUCCUCCUUUGCUGGGUUCAGCAGCAUGCAAAGGAGGAAUAUUGUGAAGUCUCUCAACAGAAACUCGAUGAGAUCCAAGGUGCCCAUGAAAUCCUCCAAGAUCUAUGCCACGUUGCGUCGGGGGACCCCCUGCCUGGACCCCAAGCCUCAGCAAGUAAAGAGGAUAUUUGAAGCUUUGAAAAAAGGCCUUAAGGAAUAUCUCUGUGCCCAGCAGGCUGAGCUUGAUUACUUAUCUGGCCGUCACAAAGACAUCAGAAGAAACUCCAGACUGGCAUUCUACUAUGAUUUGGAUAAACAAACACGCUCCGUGGAAAGGCACAUUCGGAAGAUGGAAUUCCACAUCAGCAAGGUGGAGGAGCUCUAUGAAGGUUACUGUAUCCAGUGGCGGCUUCGAGAUGGUGCCUCCAACAUGCAGCAGGCCUUUUCUCUGUCUCCCUUGACGAAGGCUUCCCGGGAGAGCCUGGUGGAGCUGUACAGAAACCUCCAGGAGUGCACUGAGGACAUGUGCUUGAUUGAAGGGGCCCUGGAGGUGCACCUGGGGGAAUUUCACGUGAAGAUGAAAGGGCUGGUGGGGUAUGCACGGAUCUGUCCAGGAGAUCAAUAUGAGGUAUUCAUUCGCCUGGGUCGACAGAGGUGGAAGCUUAAGGGCAAGAUUGAGACUGAUAACAGCCAGACCUGGGAUGAGGAAGAGAAAGUGUUCAUCCCCAUCCUCCAUGAGCACUUUGAAAUCAAGGUCAUAGAGCUUCGGGGCCUGUCCACAUUGCUGGUUGGUACAGUGACCUGUCAACUUGAGGACUUCUUCACUACUCGGCCCCAGAUCAUUGUUGUGGACAUCACAGAACUGGGAACCAUUAAGUUACAGCUGGAAGUUAUCUGGAACCCAUUUGACACGGAGAGCUUCUUGGUGUCCCCUGGAAUCAGCAAAUUUUCUGUGGGUAGCAGAAAAGGCUCUUUGUAUAACUGGACACCUCCAAGUACCCCCAGCUUCAGGGAAAAAUAUUAUCUUUCUCUUUUCCAGCAGCCACCGCAGGGCCACCUUAGCCGGAGGAACAGCACCCUGACCCGCUCCUUAUGGAGCUACCUGUCCGAGAGCGACCUGGGGAUGCCUCUGGAGGAGAAGAGCCCGGAGAGGCCCGAGACCACGGAGGCCGACUCUUUCAGCUCAGACGACCCCCGGGAGACGGAGACCGGGACCUCGGCUUCUACCUCAGAGGCUGGGUUCCCCCACUUCGGGCUGGGCCCCGGCGUUACCCUAGAAGAGGAGCAGCAGGCGUCCUCCGCUCCAUGCUUGGACGAGGCCUCGAUCCCUCUGAUGCCCGGGGCCUGGCACCAAGAGCAAGGCAGCCCCCUGGACUUCGGUGCCGGAGACCCAAAGAAGCUGCCCGGCCCCCCGCUCCCGGAGGAGAGAGCAGGGAAAGGGAAGCCCGAGGACGGGACAGACGGCCACAGCCAGUCUGCCGAGAAACCCCUGCAGGAGGUUUUAGAUUUAUUGAAGGCGAUGGAGCCUGGGCAGACACAGCUCCAGGAGCUGGAGGACCAGGUGCUCUGCUUCAGGGACCGAUUAAAGCCGAAGGCCAGUAACCAGGAGCAUUCAUCCAUGGAGAGUCUGAUGGAGACCAUACUGGAAAGUUUUGACUUUUUAAAUGCUGACCUCAACUCAGAUGAGCUUUCCCUGUUUGGCAGCAGCCAGGCCCACAGCAUAAAUAAUGAUGGGACUUCUCAGUCUCUUAAAGCACCAACCAAAGACCUCACAGCAGGAAUUCAUGAGCUUGAUGUGCUCUUGGUGGUUCAUCUCCAUGUCUGCAAAGCUCUUUUACAGAAACUGAUGUGCCCCAACUUGUCGAGACUGGUCCAGGAGACCCUUCUGAAAGAAGUAUCACAGCAAAAAGAGAUUCUGGAGAAGCUGUCUGUUCUCGAUGUGGAGAAGGUCAGGAACGCUACGUCUGCUGAUGAGCUUAUUCCCCAAGCCAAGAAGAAGAAGCAGCAUCUGAAGAUGUGGAAUGACUGUACUGAGCCAGGAGGGAUCCUAGUCUGCUCAGCAAAAGCAUUUCGAAAUCAACUAAAAAAAAUGUUUCUGCACAAAAUUAAAGGGAAAUACCCUGGACAACUUGAGAUAGUGUGUCACAGGUUGCUGGAACAGGUGGUCACCUGCAACGGGCUGCUUUCCUCUGAGGGCCUCUUAGAAGAACUCAUCACUUGGUUCCAGUUUCAGAGAUACUUAGAAAAGCAGAAUGUUAUCGAUCUGGAAAAACACUUUGCCCAACUCACCAAAGAAGUCACCCUCCUUGAAGACCUACAGUGUGCAGGACGCCUGAAGAAGAUAAAGAAGCUGAAGGGAAAGAGACUGAGAGAGCUCCAGCCACUUCCCCAGACCUUAAAGACCUGGGCCCUGAUGCAGCUAGAUGACAACUACCGGGUACGCAAAGUGGCCAUCGCUCGGCUUUCUGGCGCAGCUGGAAACAGGAGUUUUCGGGAAAAGGCCCUCCUUUUCUACACUAGUGCUCUCUCAGACAGUGACGCAAAACUUCAACAAGCAUCAUGUUUGGCUCUAAAAUAUCUCAAAGGAAUGGAAAGUAUUGAUCAGAUUGCAAGUUUAUGUCAGUCUGACUUGGAAGAUGUGAGGACAGCAGCCCGGGAGACAACACUAUCAUUUGGUGAAAAAGGACGUUUGGCUUUUGAGAAGAUGGACAGAAUUUGCUCUGAAGUCAGAGAAACUUUAUGCCAGGAGGCAGAUGUUGAAAUUACAAUAUUUUAAACAGCCCUGUAGGUCAAGCUCAGAUUCUGAAUCUGUUCUUCCAUUGCCUUGGCACAAGAUGAUUCAGUAUUGGCCCUGGUGGGCAGUUGGCAUCUGGUUGUUGCAGUAUAAACUCAAGGAAGAGUCUAGGAAUAGAUAACUCCUGCUUCUUGGAAGAAUAUGGCUAGUGACAAACAAAAACUGAAGCCCAAGAGGUUAUAUUUUGACCAGGAAUAAAGAAAAAUUAGUGGACACAUGUGGUCCACACCCUUUGGUCAAGAUCCCAAAUGACCUUUCCCAGAAUCUCUAUUAGCAUGAGACUAGAAAGGGUGCCUCUGACCCAGCUACAGCAAAGCCAAAGCCCCAGAUCCCAAGACCAGAAGGGCAGUACAGUGAAAAGCAGAGAAGAUAGUGGUAAAUCAUUAGGUGCUGAGCUUAAAGUCUUUCAAGUCUGGUUUACUAACAAAGGAGGAAGAAUAAUAUAGUCUAGGGAGGAAGGUAGUUAACAUGACCUUGACAAGCAAAGAGUUGUGGGAGAUAGGGUGUGUACGUAUUGGUAUAAUUGGGGAUGGUAGAAACGUCUGUCUUGAUAGAGCAAUUUGAAAUCGAAAAACACAAAAUUCAUUCCUAAGGAUGUUUGACUGCUUUCUUUUCUGCUUAAGUUCUGGAGUGGAAUCUUGAUUGCAAUAGUUAGAUUAUUUAUAAAGCAUAUUUUUGCCAUAUUCAGUUAAUACCAUUAAGGAUACCAGGCUGAGAGGAAGGAAAAAAAAACCUGAGAGAAAGCCUCAAGCUUAACUUCCAUAAAACAAUUCUGGUAGGGGUCAAUGAGGCCAUUAGUUGAAUUGGUUUUAGGUUGGUUGGUUGCCUUUAUAGAGGUAGCAUAGGCUUCUUGAAGAAAGUCAAAGAUAGAAAACUUUUCCUACUGAAAUUGUCCCCUCCCCCCCACGCAGAUAUAAUGAUCCAGAUAUGAUGCCUAUGAAUAAUGUUUAUUGAUAAAAGUCUCUGAGGAACAGAGACCCUCGGAUAGGUCUGUAACAGAAGUGUUAAGUAACCUCAGUUAAUCUCACUGUAUAUACUUUGUGAUGUUAGUUUCAUUGGAUAUUUAUUUUUGUGACUUUACAUAUUCAGUUCUGUAAAGUUUUAAUAAAAAAAGCAGAAG